AGAUGUUCUUUUGCGCGCAGCUGCUUAGCUUGUGCGAGAAAAAGUUUGUUUAAUAGUCUUCGUACACCAUUCGACCUACGUAUGCGCAUCGAGUGACCUUCAGAAAGCGUUGCUGUUUCAUGUUUUAAACAAUAUAUCUGCGUCGUACUCGGAAACAUUUUAAAUUAACGAAAUCAAUUACUCGUUGUCGUUCCCCUUUUAGGUAUAUGUAACAGGCUUGCUUUGAGAGUUGUGCGAACCGCCCAUCAACUAGUGCGCGGGUGCCGUUUAAAUAACAACUAUGAAGUAUUUAAACUUUGCUGUGCUUCUUGCACUUUUUACCGUUGCUAAUGCACUCAACAUUGAAGUCCUCCACAAGGCCUUGAACACUACCCAAAAAGUUUGGUUGAAGAAGCGAAGCUUUCCGAUACCGGAUGAGAAGUGUACAUACGCUUCAAAGUUGUUUUUGAACCAAACUGAUUACAAGUUCCGACUACAUUAUGAAAUCGGCAAAGAAAAAGUUCAGCAAGAGUUCUUCGCUAAAUUUGGAGGAGGAGAAAGGGGAGAAGAUCCCUGGAUGACAGUCAUCAGUGCUGGAGGUGGAACUGGGCAGGACUACACGCUAAAGUUUGCGAGCGACACAGAGAAGUGCGGUGUUCUUACAUUUAACCUCGGAGGCAUGGACUUGUGCAAAAUGUAUGUGUGGGACCAAACUGUCGAUACAACAUUGACUGAAUGCGAAAAGAACUAUAAUGCUAUAUGUCAGGAGUCGCAUACGGUUUAUUCAAGCGACUGCAAAGCAAAGUCUGUCCAAAAUAAUUAACAACGUUGUCGUGCUAUACCGCUGGUGUCAAUGUUAUCCACUUGCACCAUUUUUUUUUCAUUUCUACAGUUGGGACAUUAAACUGGCAAUGUCCUAGAAUAGUUUCGUAGCCAUGUAAAACAGCAGAAAAAAAUGUUUGUUCGAAUGACGUUCGCUCCAUGAAGCAGCUGAAGUUAUUUAGGAACUCAUUUACCUAAGUUCAAAUCAAUAAAAUUGUAUUUCACAAGUUGUCGCUGUAAUGGCUGUAAAGAACAUGUUGCUAUUGCUGGACAGAAACCAGUUCAUGCUAAAACGAUGGUCGACUAAGAAGUCAGAAACUACUACCUGCGUUGUAUGGAUAUAGGUUCCCAAAACAUGCCACAAAAUAAAUUGUUUCUCUUCA